CAGAGCAAAAAAAAAAAACGCGAUCUUUCUCUGUUACUGUUACGAUGCCCUAGAAUCGUCUUCUCCGCUUCCCCCCUUUUCUUUGCUCGAAUUGAAGAUGACCAUAGUCGUAUGCAAAGAUCAACUUGAAGCUCGAAUCAAGGCAUCCCCUCUCUUCUCUAAAUGAAUCAAAGUUCUCUUUUUUUCAGGAACGAGUUCAACCAAAAUUUCGACUAAUACAAGAAGGCUCGAAGAAGGUGAAGAAUAAUUGUUUCACCUUUUGACGAUUUCCAGAUUCUCAAUUGGCGAUUUUCAAUCUCUAGGAGAGAGCGAUAAUGGCAAAUUGUGCUGGAUGCUUAAACCCUUCUAGAACGCUUUACAAAGGAAAAAUCUUAUCCCCCCUUACUUCUCCAAAUCCCGGCUCCCAUUGCUGCUACAACAAACAAGGAUUCAGGCUGAAGAGAAAAUUCCAAGGAAUAUAUGCUUCUUCAACCAUGUCAACCCCAAAUAAUCCGCAACCCGCUUCUUCAAUUGAUGUUCUGAAUCAGGGCAAUGGAAAUCCUGAGGUUUUGCAAGCAAUUGAAGGGUCUCUCUAUAAUUGUCUUUCAGAAACAAACCUUCAUCUCACCGUUCCCGGUCUCAAGUCCAAAACCCGAGGCAAGGUCCGAGACAUAUAUGAUGGUGGAGAUUUUCUUGUUCUAGUCACAACAGAUAGACAAAGUGCAUUUGACAGAGUUCUAGCUUCAAUUCCAUUUAAAGGACAGGUAUUGAAUGAGACGAGUUUAUGGUGGUUUGAUCAAACUCAUCACAUUACUCCAAAUGCAGUUUUGUCGGUCCCUGAUAAGAAUGUCACAAUAGCAAAAAAAUGUACCAUUUUCCCUGUUGAAUUUGUUGUGAGAGGAUUUGUUACUGGAAGCACUGAUACAUCAUUGUGGACGGUCUACAAGAAUGGUGUUCGAAAUUAUUGCGGGAAUACUUUGCCUGAUGGCUUGGUAAAAAAUCAGCGCCUAGAGAGAAAUAUACUUACACCAACAACUAAAUCGGCAGAUCACGAUGUUCCUGUUACUCCGCAUGAGAUUAUAGAACAUGGGCUAAUGACUAAAUCUGAUUUUGAUGAAGUUAGUGAGAAAGCUCUAAAUUUGUUCGAGUAUGGACAGCGUGUGGCUUUGGAACAUGGUUUGAUUUUGGUGGAUACUAAGUAUGAAUUUGGGAAGACAAGUGAUGGCACAAUUGUUCUAGUUGACGAGGUGCACACGCCUGAUUCUAGCAGAUACUGGAUUUCAAGUUCUUACGAGGAACGCUUCCGUAAUGUUCUUGAACCUGAAAAUGUUGAUAAGGAGUUCUUGAGAUUGUGGUUCAAAGAUCAUUGUAACCCAUAUGAAGAUAAGGUUCUUCCGGAUGCACCCAAAGAACUUGUUUGUGAGCUAGCUUCGCGAUAUAUAUUUUUGUACGAGACUAUAACGGGCUCUAAAUUUGAUAUCCCAAACACAGAGAUACCAAUUCAUGACAGAAUCUCACAAAAUGUAUUGUUAGCGUUGGCAUCUCUCAAGUGAAGAUUCUCAUUUGAAAUGCCUUACAGUAUUGCUUAGGGAAGUUAAUAACCUUAUCCCUUUUCUCACCUUCUGAUAGAAGGUUUCCUGAAUAACAGUUGCUAGUUGCCGCACAAGGAGUUUUUAUGUUGGCAUCUCCAAAUUUUCGUGUUGGAUUCUACGACAUACUAAUGGAGUACUCCGUACUGGUUAGUGGUCGUUUUAGGAAUUCGCUCUGAAAAACCUAAUUGUAAAAUGGACAACGGUAGGCAAAAUGAGCCGUAUAGAAAGUAGAAAUGAGUUAUCAAGGCUCCAAAUUGGAUGCUGCUAAUUUCAAUAA